AUGCAGCAUCACCCCCACCAUCAGCAACAGGGUCCAGCACCUAACCAACAUCUGCAACGGCAACCGCAUCCCCAGCACCCGCGACCCUCGAGCGUGGUUCAUCAGCAACACCACUCCCAGCCGCAGUCGCAACACCAACACCCUUCCGCCUACGCGCAAGGCCACUCCAUCGCACCUGCCUACCACCAGUCCGCCGCUCAACCCAGCAGCGCACAGCAUCCUCAAGACGGCAGUCUGCCAUACUACACUCAUCCGAGCCCCUACAGCACGCCCGGCGCGACCAGCGGAUACACAUCCGCAGACACGUCCGACAUGAUGGCCGCCGCUCAAAUGCCGAGACCACCUUACCCGCCCAUGUCCUAUCAUACGCCGCAGUCCAACUCGCCUGCCUCUGUUGCCUCGCCUUCUCAGCAUGAUCAGCACCGAAGUAUCUACGCGCAGCCGCCCUCGCAGCAUCUCCAACAAAACAUGUACUACCCGCCGCACCAGCCCCACUACCCGUCGAUGCAGGCUCAGUCUCAGCAGUCGCCCUACGCGCAACACGCUGCACAGGCCCACCCGUCCAUGCCGUCGCAGCAGAGUAUGAUGAUGCCGCAGGCGCAGCAACAGCAGCAGCCUCAGAUCCAGCAGCAGCAGCAACAGCAGCAGCAGCAGCAGCAACAAUCAUCCCAGCAUGCUCAGGCGCAAGCGCAGGCUCAGGCGCAGAUGGCAAACAGCCCCCGCCACCAGCACAUGAAGCAGGAGCAGCAGCAGGUGCCCCACCAGCUGCAGAAGCCUCAGCCAGCCCCCAUGAGCCACAGCCCGCACCCUCCGAACGGAACGGCUCUGUCCACGCCUACGGGCUCGACGUCGGGAGCUGUCAACCCCAACGCUGCGCCUGGCCCUAUCCCCGCGACCACGCCCCUGGUCGUUCGUCAAGACCAGAACGGCGUCCAAUGGAUCGCGUUUGAGUACUCUCGGGAUCGCGUCAAGAUGGAAUACACAAUUCGCUGUGACGUUGAGUCGGUCAACACGGACGAGCUAUCUGCCGACUUCAAGACGGAGAACUGUGUCUAUCCUCGGGCCUGCUGUCCCAAGGACCAGUACAGGGGCAACCGACAGGUGUACGAGACGGAAUGCAACACAGUCGGCUGGGCCCUGGCUCAGCUGAAUCCUUCUCUGCGAGGCAAGCGUGGUCUCAUCCAGCGUGCGGUUGACAGCUGGAGGAACAGCAACCAAGAUCCGAGACUGCGGAGCCGAAGGGUCCGACGACAGGCGAAGCUCAACACGCGGAAGAGCGCAUGCCUCAAGCUCCGGGUGGCAUGGGGUGCGGGAGGUGCAGCCAAGAUGCCUGGAAUGGGUAACAUGGGUCACAUGGGUCACAACACCGCUCCCGGAGGCGGGGAAGAAGUCGGCGAUGACUACAUGGACGACCAGCAAGGUCAUCACCACCACCAUCAAGCCCCAGCCGGCCAACCCGGCGCCGCUGGUGACGACGUGAGGCAAUCACAGGUAUUCAACAGCAGCGGUUAUGGUGGCCACUCGGCCUACCCCGCCCCCAACCAGGCCUCCAUGCCACACAUGGGCAGCGCCCCUCAUGGCGGCCCCAUCACGGCUCGUCGUCAGAGCCGCAGCGAGCCCGAUGAGCCGGAGAAUCUGUUUCCCAACAUUCCCGAGGCCAAGAAGCGCAAGUUCAUCCUGGUCGAAGACAACGUCCGUGGCUCCCGUCUUCGCGUCCGUGUGACUCUCGACGGCGUCGACACGCGCGAGAUCCCUGAUUCUUUCCGCAAGGGGUCCUCUGUUUACCCUCGCUCGUACUUCCCCCGCGAGAUGCAGAGUCCACCCCCGUCGGCAACCGGCUCCAAGUUCUUCAUGGACGACGCCGAGGACGAGGAUGACGGCAUCGAGGAAACUGACAGCCACGGCGGCCGCCGGGCCCGUGGCAACCUCACCAGGAUGGUCAAGGUGCCUAUCGGCGAGAACACCGAGGCCGAGGUGGCCAUUCCCAGAAUGAGGAAAGCCAUGCGUGGCAAGGAAGUGCGAUUGAAUGAUCUGGGCUACCGCAUGGCCUGGCUCCAAAGUCGUGUCUUCGCUGGGCGCACCGUCUUUCUGCAGCGAGCCCUCGACUGCUAUCGCAACAAGACGCGAUCGGCCAUUGAGUCCAUCAUGCAGGACGUCAAGGUGCUCGCACCUCACUACGAGACCCGCGUCGGCAAGCGGCGCUGGAACGAUCGGAUGCGGAAGGGCGAGAGCGACGAGUAACCUACGGCGGCCCGCCUUUCACUCAUCAUCGGGCUGGGCAAUCAGCCAUUGACCUCGCCGCUCGCUCCAUUUCAUUGCUCAUCUACAAAUAUCGUUAUCGCCACGACCGUUUCAUUUCCCACUUUCUGGUCCCCCGACAUCUGAUACCCGCAUGGCAUGGCACACGGCCCUUUGAGGCUUCUGCAUCGGCAAGCGUCAGCAUUGUUGAGCGACUGCCAUUUUCAAAUCUAUCACGACUCGAUGCCUGUAUUCAUAUCCCACCCCUCUACUUCCGUCUAAAACAUGGGGAAAAGAAAAUACUAGAGGAUGCAAAAUAAGGUCAGGGCCCUACUGACGAUCCGCAAACAAUUGGUGGAGAAUACACUUUGCCGUCAUACAUACACUCUGCAACAUAGACGGCUCGCCCUGGUCUGAAUCUCAAAAUAGAUCACGACAAUAUAUCAGGGCAGCUUCGUUCUCUACGACAGCCUCAAUUGGGCCUUGGUUCGUCGAUUUCUCUUUCGCAAUGCAAUGCAACACCGAGUCUUUCUGUUCCAAGGUUCUGUUUCUUCGUGGUUUUUGCGUUAUCUGUUGGGUCUAAUCUUGUCGUUUCGGUUGAGAAGAGCAGAGCGCGAGGAAGGGUAAUGAAUCGGAACAACGCUAUGAGAGCUGACAUGCGUCGAUUGAAGACAUUAUCCAUCAUGGUAAAUUUUCGUGCCUCUAGCUUAUUCUUUGGCUUGCCAUAAACUUGGCACUACAGUCUUCUUGGCUUCUGGUUCGGCUUGGUAGUUUGCACGAAUACAUUUUUGAGAUGUCUUUGGC